ACGCCCCCCUCCCCGGGGCCUGGUGGCCUGGGUCUCCUCCUCGAGAGUCAGGGCCUGGGCGGGGCCGGGGAGGCUCCUGCUCUUGGCUGCCGGGGGGCCUCCCUCCCGGGGCUCCAGCCGCCGCCCUUCCUUCCUUCCUUCCUUCCUUCCUUCCUUCCUUCGGUCGGUCGGUCGGGGAGAGGCCGGGCUGCCUGGGGCCAGCGCUGAUGAUGAUGGGCCUCUUCCUCCGGAGCCCCCCCGGGCCUCCGCCGGCGCCCCCUUUGCCCUCGGAGGGCCCCCCCGUGAAGGCCAAGGGCCGGAGGCUGCGGCGCUUCCACUGGGAGCCCAUCCCGGCCGAGAGGGUGCUGGGGCGCCGCAACCUCUGGACGGCGGAGUCCGGCAGCAGCAGGCGAGGCGGAGGGCCGCUGAGCCUGGACCUGGCCCUCCUGGAGGCCCUCUUCGGGCAGCCGGCGGCGGAGGGGCCAGCGGCCCUGGGCGGAGCAGGCGCCGCCGGAGGACAACAGGUCUCCCUCCUGGAAGCCAAGAAAGUCCUGAACUUGGGCAUCUUCCUGAAGCAGUUUAAGAGGCCUGCUGGUGAAAUUGUGGCCGAUCUCCAGGCUGGAGAAGGUGCCUCUUAUGGGGCAGAGAAGCUGCUGGAGCUGAAGAAGAUGCUGCCGGACGCAGAAGAGAAGGGACCCAAGGUGGCUCACGGUGGCACCACUGGUGAUGGGUGCUCUGGUGUGGGGCUCUUUCUCGUUCUACUGACCGUUUCCUCUGUGUCCACUUUGGCGGGAAGAAGCUCUGUCCCGAUGGCUGGAAGGCUGGAGGCCUUCCAAGGUGACCAGAGCCGCCUCUCGGAGCCAGAGAUCUUUGCCCUCCUCCUCGUCCAGGUGCCCAGCUACGCCCGUCGCUUGGAGCUGCUAGUCCUCAAGGAGGAGUUUUUCCCGCAACUCAACAGCCUCCGGUCGGCCAUCCAGAUCCUGACAGAGGCAGCUCUGGAACUUUUGGACUGUGAGGAGCUGCAUGAUCUUAUCCGGCUAGUCCUGGAGGCAGGAAACUACAUGAAUGAGGGAGGCUAUGCAGGCUGUGCCCUGGGCUUUCGGGUGCCCUCGCUGCUCCGGCUGGCAGACACAAAAGCAUGCCGGCCUGGUAUGGACCUCCUCCACUUUGUAGCCUUGGAGGCUGAGAGAAAGGACCCGUCUCUCCUCCAUUUUCCAAGAAAACUCCAGCACGUUGGGCCAGCGUCGCGGAUUGUGGACACAGAGCUGCUGGUGGAGUUACGGAACUUGGGGGAGCGCCUGCAAGGGGCCCGUGGGGAGCUCCGGACCCUUGGUUGGGAGAGCCAAAUGGGGCCCUUCCUAGAAGUGGCCAAGGCGGAGCUGGGGGCAGCGAGGACAUCCUGGGAGGGUCUGUGCCAGGCCACAGCCACCCUGGCUGACUUCCUCUGUGAGGAACCCCAGAGCUUCAGGUUGCCUGACACCUGUGGCGUCUUCCAGACCUUUGCGGAGAGUUUCCUAGCGGCCGUUCAGGAGAACCGGGCCCAGGAGGCAGCUGCACGCAGACAGCGGGAGCGCCAGGAGAAGCACAAGCGGCGCUCCAUUGCCACCUGCUCCAUGCGCGACCCCGGCUUGGAGGACGUGGAGCUGGAUGCCCUCUUCCACCGUGACCCCUUUUGCUCUGGACAGCGUGGACGGACUCUGCGGGGCCCACACCGCAUCAAGAGCCCCCCCGCCAGGGAGCGCACUCCCCCGCAGCCCCUCAGCCGGCGCCACACACUCGCCGUCCUGCACUCCCCACAUCCAGAAGACGCACCCAGCCACCUUCCAUUUCAGAUAGAGACCAUCCCCAGAGCCCCAAUCCUGACUGAGGCUGCCCUCAACACCCCACUCCAGGCGGGGGCCACUCCUGACCUUCUCCCCUUGGCCACCCCCAGCCACGGGGGCAAGAAAGCCAGGCUUUUUGGAGAGGGGCUUGUUACAUCCAUUUUGGAGUCCCCUCCGGCCACGUCCGUGCCUCUCACCACCCCCUUGCCUCCAUCUGAAGUCUCUAUGUCCCCAGGGGGCCCUGUCAAAUUCCGCCUCUCCAGCCUUUUCUCCUCCAAGAAGACCCUUCCGGAGAGGACAGAGUACCCCAUCUCCACCCAGGCCUCCCCCAAGGACACCUCAGCCCUGGUGGGCUUUUUCUGCCGCCUCAGCCUUGGCGAAAAGUCCCGCCGCCCCUCCCAGUCCUGAGCCUCUGACAGGGAAGCCCACCCACCCACUCAUUCCUAAACAUUUUUGGCCAAGGGUCGAACACACCCCAAUUUGGGCUUUCCAGCUCCAACCUUUGAUUAGUAUGCGCUGGUGCCCUUCUGUUGGGGGGGUUGGAUGACCUCACUUGUACCCUUUAUGCAGCCCCCUUUCCCCGUACGUUCGGCACUAGAUAUAUAUGGCCUUUGGGGCCAUUUUUAGCCUCUUCCUCCCACUUCUUUCUGUUUCCCUCCCUGCCCAUUUUUAAAACUUGUGUUGUUCAUUCUUAAUAAACCUUUCUGGAGACA